AUGGACGCUGCGACGGCGAGUUUGGUUCGAUCUCCCGUCUUACCGCGUAGAACUUCCGACAACGGUUCUGGAUCUAUAUUCCUUACCGCCAGUGGCCCUGGUUUCACGCGUUUUGGUUCGGAGCUUCAACUUCGUUGCAGGCAAAACGCGUUAGCUAGAUUCUCGAGGCCAUUGCAAAGCUUAAGAACAUCUGCUAAAACUGGGAGAAGUUUUGUGGUUAGAGCUGCAGCAUCUAGUGAUGGCUCUUCUGGUUCGUCGUCCAAACCGAUCGCGCCGCUUCAGCUAGAGUCUCCUGCUGGUCAGUUUCUGUCUCAGAUUUUGGUGACCCAUCCUCACCUCGUACCUGCAGCUGUCGAACAGCAGCUUGAGCAGCUCCAAACUGAUCGUGACUCUGAGGGACAGAACAAGGAUGCUUCCUCCGUACCUGGAACCGACAUCGUUCUCUACAGGAGAAUCGCGGAGUUGAAGGAAAACGAGAGAAGAAGGACAUUGGAAGAGAUUUUGUACGCAUUGGUGGUUCAAAAGUUUAUGGAAGCUGACAUAUCACUUGUACCAUCAGUAAGCCCAUCUUCAGAUCCGUCUGGUCGGGUUGAUACUUGGCCGACCAAAGUAGAUAAGCUUGAGCGGCUUCACUCUAGCGAGAUGUAUGAGAURAUUCACAACCAUCUAGCCUUAAUUCUCGGAAGCAGGAUAGGUGACCUGAAUUCUGUUGCAGAGAUAAGCAAACUCAGAGUUGGACAAGUUUACGCUGCUUCUGUGAUGUAUGGAUAUUUCUUGAAGCGAGUGGACCAAAGGUUUCAGCUUGAGAAGACAAUGAAGAUCCUUCCGGGUGGGUUGGAUGAAAGUAAAACAAGCGUUGAACAAGCAGAGGAAGUGACAAAGAAGGCUGUAUCCUCUCACCCAGAGGUAGGUUCAUUUGCGGGUGGAGUUAGCCCCAAGGGCUUUGGCAGCGAGAUUAAACCAUCUCGGUUAAGGACAUAUGUCAUGUCGUUUGAUGGGGAGACGCUUCAGAGAUAUGCCACUAUAAGAUCAAGAGAAGCAGUUGGGAUCAUCGAGAAGCACACCGAGGCAUUGUUUGGUAAGCCUGAGAUUGCCAUAACCCCGGAUGGCAUGGUUGAUUCAUCGAAGGACGAGCAGAUAAGGAUCAGCUUUGGUGGAAUGAAGAGGCUCGUCUUGGAAGCUGUAACUUUCGGGUCUUUCCUUUGGGACGUUGAGAGCCAUGUAGAUUCAAGGUACCACUUUGUACUAAACUAA